GAAAGACCCACUUCUCUUUCUCACGAUUCCUCUCCUCUUUUUGUUCAACGACAUACCCUUAAUUACUUGUUAUUCCCUUCGCAAUAAUGGUGUCGGCAAGGUCCACUACCUUUCUCCUAGUUUUCAUUUUGCUUCCUCUAAGAUUCUCCAGCGCACACACCCAACACCAAGGUAAGAAGACACCGGUGGUUGCCAAACUUGAAACAAAAAGAAGUCCAGUGAAGGUAGAGAUUCAUCAUGGUGUUCCAGCAGUUGCUGAGACAGAUCAACGAAACAGGCUUCUUCCAGGAAGGAAGAUGAUGUCUAAAGGAGUAAUCUCGAAGUUGAUUAAUGCGGUAGACUCUGACAAUGGAAUUAACAUGGCAAAGGGUGUAACCACCAAAGGAAAAGCGCGUUGCUUGAAUGGAAACUGCAAACGUGAAACGGGGAAAAGAAUUUUGGGUCUGAAACAUAAAGACAGAAAAAGGAGCAAUAUUGGGCGUUCUACGAAAGCGAAGAUGUCUGGUUUGGUGCCUCUGAAUGCUGAUUAUUAUGUUCCAAGACCUCACCCACCCAAGAAUAACUGAUUCACAAAGUUUUAAGCAUAUAUACGGAAUUUUGGCACACAUUUAUAUAUAGUUUGUUUUAGCUUGAUUAGUUUUUUUCGUACUUCUAACCAUUUGCUUUGUAUUUGUUUUCAGUUUUGUAGUGCUUACGUACUGUUUAGGAUAGUCUCACAAAAGAAUAUUAGGUAAUUAUACUUGUACGUAUAUUGAGACUUUAAAUGUGAACUCAGCUACAUGUUCUAAAAUAGAGUUCUACGAUUUAUAUUAAGAUUUCGUUUAAAUGUUAUUAAUAAGAUCAACUGUUAUUCCUUA